CCAUUCCUGCCCCUUGAUCUCCAGGCGCUGGGCCAGAGACUGUCUGGAGGUCCCAGGACAAGGACAUUUAGCCUGCCAUGCUGUGCCUUCUGCUCUCCAGGCUGCCAGCUAGGAUGUGGGGCAGGAUUUCAGAGAAGCAGUUAUGGAGACACAACAGUCAGACCCCUUCCCCAUGUCUUAUUCAGAGACUUGACCACAUCGUGAUGACAGUAAAGAGUAUCAAAGACACCACCAUGUUUUAUUCCAAGAUUCUGGGCAUGGAGAUCAUAACAUUCAAGGGAGAUAGGAAGGCAUUGUGUUUUGGAGACCAUAAAUUUAACCUUCAUGAAGUGGGAAAGGAAUUUGAACCUAAAGCUGCUCACCCAGUUCCUGGCUCCCUGGAUAUAUGUCUGAUCACAGAGGCACCUUUGGAGGAAAUGAUCCAACACCUCAAGGCUUGUGAUGUUCCCAUUGAGGAGGGCCCAGUCCCCAGAACUGGGGCAAAAGGGCCCAUUAUGUCCAUCUACUUCCGAGACCCUGACAGAAACCUGAUUGAGGUGUCCAACUAUAUUUCCUGUGAUUGAAGCUGGAGCUCCUCCAUUUUGUUCCCUGCAAUGUUGCCAUCUUCCUUUCUCCCUCCAGACUCUCACCUGGACCCAGAGACCUCCAAGGACUGACAACUUAGGCACUUCCCACAUCCUGCUAGGGGAACCUCAGAUGGGUUUGGGACCAAAUCUACAAGACCAAAUGUUCUCAUUCCAAGCUGCUCCAAUAAAUUAAU